AGAGAUAGCGUUCUCUCAAUCUCGGUCUCCUCAGCUCCCAGAAGAGAGCAGUGUUGUGCCUCCGCUUCCUUUUUCUGCCUACACUUCAUACUAGGUGGGAACCUGUGGUCCUCUGACUGUCGUUCAGCUCCCAUCAACCCCAUCCAGUAUGGUAAAUGGUGAUGGGUUUUGAAGCUGGAAGCUUCUUAAGGGUUCCUCAGUGAAAAGAUGACGUUUCCAUGCGCUCUGGCUUCCGUUACGGUGCCCCAUUGUGCCAGAAGCGGUUUAGUCUUGCUGGCCACAUAACCCGGAAAACAAACACUGGCUUCCUCAGCCUGGAAGCAGAGAUGAGUGCUGUACCCCAUAGUUUAAUUUGACUGGACUUAACCAUCCAGGAGUCCUUUACCUUUACCUUUUACCCAGUGAGAAGACCUGAUCUGGUGGAUAAUGGAUCAGCUUUGCUUUGCAGGAAGACAAGUUGCCCACUGCCACUUCCAAUCUUCACCUACAAUGCAUAGCCACAUAGCAGUUUUGGGUGUUUUCUAUAGCGUGCAUUCUUAUUUCCCAUGGAGUGACAGUGAAGUUUCAUCAGGUCUGGACAGGGUGAUGUGUAAACAGCUAAGUUACAUACCUUUAUAAAUACUCCCUAGAAUCCCUGCUUAUGUUUUGGUAAAUGGUUUUGUAUUGAUCAAAAGGGUUCAUUUAAUUUUAAUGGUUAAAAGCAACAACUACUUCACAGAAUCCUUUGCAACAUGUCAGAGUUCUGCGGCAGGUAAAUCAAUAUUGCAAAGGUUCUCUGGAUGCAGAAAGUUUUGUGAAAACACUGCUGUAAGUGUCAUGCUAGCAUUCUGUUCAUUAAAUAAAUAGUGAAAGGUGUGUCUCCAGCCCAUGCAUUAAGAUCUUCAACUGAGGCCCUUCUCCAAAUGCCAUUGCUUAUGAAAGUGCAUUACGCUUGGAGAGAGAGAGAGCCUUUCAGUGGAUGGGCUCCUGACUUUGGAACACCCUGAAGAUGUUCAACUAGCAUUAACAUUAUAGCCUUUUUGGCACUGAGCCAAGUCUUCCUUGCUUGCGCAGGUAUUUUUAAAAGUUACACGUGUCUGUGGUUUGCUUUAUAGUUUCACCUCUGUGUGUUUUUGUUUCUUUUGUCUUAGGACGUAUUAUGUUUUGCUUUUAUUGUAUUUUAUUGCUGCUAUUGUAUGUUGCCUUAGGAACCGACUGGAUGGACAAUUCAGAAUUAUUAUUAUUUUUAAAUAACAACUUUAGCCUUCCUGAUCCAAAAUUCUCAGGCUGGGUUGCAAUCUUGCUAACUCAGUAUAAAUCUUAAGGUUUAAACAAAAAGUAACAGAACUAUAACAGAGAAGCCCACUCUAAAUGAGUCAUGAUGGACAGACUUCUUUGAGAUAUCUUUAUCCUGCACCUUUCUGCAAGAAGCUCAGGGCUGUAUGUGUUGCCCUCACCAUUUAUACUUGCCAUAAUUCCGUGUGGUAGAUUAGGCUAAAAGACCUAAUCCAGUGACCCCACUGGACCAUUUUAUCAUGCCAGCUGUAAGGAACCAAGUGCUGGCUUUUGCAAUCUUUCAGAGUGGUACAACUUCAUACGCCGAAGAACCCUUGGUGACCUCUUCCUACAUGUUGCCCUGAGCUUUUUGGAGAAAGGUGCAAGAUUCCAGACUGUUUGCAGUGUUAAGAUGCUGCACAGCAGCUGCUAACAAACCAUGUAUCAUUUCUGCUCAGCCUUUAACUCCAGAAUUGUCUCAUGCAUAGGGAAAAUUGCUGCUCUGUUUAGCAGACUUCCUCAUGGAGAGUUCAGGCUUGGCACGAGGAGUCAUUCACACUCGUAGAUAAAUUCUCACAGUCAACCUGUUCACAAACACAGCUCUCUUUGUGAUGUUCAUAUCUAAUGCUUGGAUUGCAUUCUCUCUCUUACACACACACACACACACACACACACACACACACACAAAUGAUUGUAAGUGUACAGCAGGGGUGGGGAACCUUUUUCACCCUGAGGGCCACAUUCUGUUCUGGGCAAUGUUCUAAGGGCCACAUAGCAGUGAAUGGUCGUGCAAGGUACUUUGCAAGUCCUAUGUUCAGACCUUCCCAAGCCAAAGUUUAUAGGUUGGAGGAAAGAUUGAAUCUGAGCCAGCCCUUUCCUUGGGGGCUCAGUCUGCCAAAGACGACGACAUCCCUUUCCCUGCCCCUUCUCCUGUGAGUGUCUGGUGCCACUUCUUAUCAGAGGAAUGCAUUCCGUUCCCCUUCUUCCCUAAAAGGCUUCGCUGAUGCUGAGCUGUCUACUUUAUAAAAGGCCACCAGCCAUUUUGGUGACUGCACAGUAACUCAAAACCUGUUUCCCCGCCAUCUGUGCAUCGUCCGGUUCCCAGAGACAUCAGGUAAAUGGGGGCAGUUCUGUUUGGGAGGUGGGGAGGAAUUAAAAACAUGCUUGCCUGUGUGUGUAUCUGGGGCGGAGGGAGGGUGGUAUCGUUCUGUGUAAACUGAAAGAGAUAUUCUUUUCCUCCAUGAAGAUAAAAGGAAUCGUCCUGAAUAUUUUCUGAGGAAACGUUUCCCCCCUUUAUAGGGCAAUGGGAAGGUCAGUGCAGCUGUCAUAAGGUACAAUAACGCUGCAAUCCUAUUCUCACUUAUUUAAUGCAUUAUUAAAAGAUUUCUGUACUGCUUUUCAUUUACAAAAAGCAAUACCAAAGCGGUUUCUGAAAAUAAAAUGCCAAAUCCAUUAAAAAAGGAACAAAAUCAGGAAGAACAAAAAAAUCACAGUAGGCAGUCACACCCCACAGCCAUAGUGCUUGCCUCAUCUCAGUUCAGAGACAAUUCCACAUGGUAGACACUGUCACAAAGAAGACUUGAAUUGCAUUUAUAUUCUCCAAGGAGCUCAGUGUGGUGUACAACAACCCUGUGAGGUAGGCUAGACUGAGAGUGAGUGACUUGUCCGAGGUCACCCAGAGAUCUUUCCUGAGUGAGUGGGGAUGUGAACCCAUAGCCAUGGGAUUGUCGCAGUCAUAGAAUUUGUGCAGGCUUAUAAGGCGCAUCAGGCUUUAUUUUCUUUACAAGGUCACUUUUCAAGACCAGCAGAAACUACAAGUUGUGUAGGUAUUCCCAGGACACAGAAGCAAGCACACAGGUAGUAUACAUUUCAUCUAUUUGGCCCCAUCCCAUCCCAAAGGACCAAACUCGGGUAGCACAGAGAGCCCCCCCAAAUUCUAAAACCUUUCUUCUAAAAACAUCACCCACUGUUCUAAAGCAGUUGAAGUGCAUCUAAUAGGACCCCCCUUUUUUAAUCAGAACAUAUUCACAUGAACAUUUACUUCAGUUUAGGACUUGCUCUGCAAGUUAUUUGAAUCAUAGAAUCAUAGAGUUGGAAGAGACCACAAGGGCCAUCGAGUCCAACCCCCUGCCAAGCAGGAAACACCAUCAGAGCACUCCUGACAUAUGGUUGUCAAGCCUCUGCUUAAAGACCUCCAAAGAAGGAGACUCCACCACACUCCUUGGCAGCAAAUUCCACUGUCGAACAGCUCUUAUUUGGUUCCAUUCCCCCCGCCCCCACAGGGUUUUUCUGUCUGCCUGUGGAGGCUGCUCCAUUAGGAUGAAUGGGGGCGCUGCUGCCUCCCCAACCUCAAAAUACUCUUCGGCUGCUUUGUGGGUUUUUCUUUUUCUUUGUGUGCAGUAGUUAUAUCAUUUUAGAGCAUGGGCGUAAUGGCCUCACAGGAAAAGGGCCUCUUUAGAAGGUAACAUGCAUUGCUUUGCUACUUUCAAAUGCUAUUAUGGAAACUCUUUAGUGCAGGUGAGUCCAUUAGGGUGAAUGGAGAGCUGGCCCAACAACCUCACUCUCUCAGCCCCCAACUGCAUGCUUUCUAAUUAAAAACCAUCCCAUGGCAUGGCACUGCCUGUCAGCUUCCUCCAUCUUAGUCACAGUUUUGCCCCUUAUAGAACUCGACAGUCAGGAGGAAGAUAGGGACAAGACUAGUAGUAGUUGGUCCUGUCUUUUGUCGCAUCGGGCUCCAUCCCCAGUUGGGAUCCCUGCUUUCCACCCUGCCACCCCCAGUGAGCACCAUUUCUGCCUUCAUGGGGAACUCUCCAAGCAGCUGACAAUUGAAAACAGGAAGACCAUAAAAUGGGUUCUUAAUAGGUGUAAACAGUAGAAGGCACCUAUCCCUGGUUCUAAAUUGCCCUGAACUUCCAAUCCUGUCGUCGUUUCUAAAGUUUCUCUUCUAAUUGCUGGUUUGCCACUGUUCUUGCUGUGUCUUAAAUUGAUUUGACUAUUGUAUUGUUUUAACUUACUAGUAAGCUACCCAACCCUGUAGCUGAAGAAACAUAUAAUUGCCUAAAUUAUAUUAUAUGCAUUCUUCUUUAAAAACAACAACAACCAAGCUGCCAAUUUAUCUGCUGGAGCUAUUCUGUUAUGAGAAGGAAAUGAUGCCUCCUCUUAAAGAGGGUGUAGAUGAGGCAAUCCUUCCUGACCUAGGAUACUGGGUGGCAGAUCCCGUGUCAGUAUGUUGCAAGGGCCGGCCCAGCCAUUAGGUAGAAUGAGACAGCCUCCUCAGGUAACAGGGCAAGGGGGUAGCAGUAACAAGGUGUUACAGGGCAUAGCUGUGUAUGAGGGCCCCCUUUCCACCCUCUAAUAAGAAUUAACUACCAUUCUAGUCAUCUUCAGCAUAUGGCAUGGCGGUCGCCAUGUUGUCCUUGGCCUCAGGUGGCAAAAUUACUUGCACUUGCCCUGGGCAGCUGCCAAGAACUUGGCGCCCCACCACAGCCCACCAUUGACCCCUUCCUGAGCCCCUGCUUUCCACUGCUGUCAGGUAAGGCUGCUCAUGCAUAAGGCCUCCUCAAAUCUGAGAUGGACCUGUUGGGUUGGCUUCAAGUAAACCUAGGUCAGUCUUAAAGAGUCGUUGGCAGCGCAGUUCUCUUUGCAUGAGGGAGAAGAAAGACAGACAGAGAAGAGAUCUCUUUGAAGAAAAGCGGGAGAAGGCCUGGCAGGCCCCUCCUGCUGCAUUUCUGGCUGUUGCUGGCAGCAGAUGUCUCUAGAAAGGGUGCUGAAUGGUUGGUUUCACACCUAGCGCUAAGAAUAAAGGCGUCCCUUUGCAGCUCUGGGGGUGUACGGGAGGCAGAGAGAUGGCUGCCUCUGUAUUUUUUGCUCCAAGGCUGUGAGAUUUCCCCCACCCCAUUUCUGAGCCUGAGGGAAAUAAUUUCUUUUAAGGCAGGCUGGCACAAAUAUUAGCCCUUCUGCAAGUGUGGGGAAUUAAUCCCCAAUCCAUCCCUUUCUAAGAAACGUUGCACUUUCUGCACUGGCUGAGGGGAUCGCUUUUGAAAAUAAAACCUAUACCAUCUCUGCCACACACAAAAUGUAGGGGGGCAGAGAUGUGCCUGAACUGACCCCGUCCCAUUUAGCUUUGGUUUUGUGGUUCUCGUUCUCUCUCUCUCUCUUUCUCUCUCUCUCUGCCUCAGCCUUUUUCUCAUUGCCUCUCUGUGGAAUGGCCUGGCCCCAUUUUAGAAGUGAUAAGACAGCACAAAUUUAGCUGCUCUGAAGAGCUCCAGUGAUAACAGUGUAUCUCGUACAUGAUUCAGAGAAAUAUGUGCAUAUAUAUAUAAAGGCCAAAGCAGGGUCUGUAGUGGGCAGGAACAAGAACAAGUUCUAGCACAUUCUGAGCUCCCCAGUGAAGGCCUGUUGACACGCCAUGCUUUGGAGAAAGAUGAUCAUCACCAUAUAAACCUUGCAUUUCCUCCCGCCCCCUCCCCUCAGCAUUUUUGCACAUUUUAGCACAUGGUAAUUCAGUCCCCUGGGCAGCUCCAGGCCAUUUCAUACAGGAUUAAAAGGCAAAUUCAGGUUUGAAAGGUGUGAAAUGACAGAGCUGCAGACAAUACACAUUUUUUUCUCCCUUCACACAUUGUUAGGCAUGUGCUUAAGAUGUUUUAAGUGUACAUUUAGAGUUCCUUUGAUUGUAGGCAAACCCCUUUUUUUCUGUGUGUGAAGCUGUUUAUGUACCAGAUGGUUCUGACAAGGGGAGGGCAGAUUCUGGGCUUGUGAAAUCUAUUUCUUUUUUUAAACUGAAUCCCGAGAUCCACCAACCACAGCCAGGUACAAAAAGACAUACUGUAUUCUUUGCUCUAUUAGACUCACUUUUUCCCUCUCAAAAAGUAAGGGGAAAUGUGUGUGCGUCUUAUGGAGCGAAUGCACGCUGCACAGCUAUCCCAGAAGCCAGAACAGCAAGAGGGAUCGCUGCUUUCGCUGUGCAGCGGAUCGAUCCCUCUUGCUGUUCUGGCUUCUGAGAUUCAGAAUAUUUUUUUUCUUGUUUUCCUCUUCCAAAAACUAGGUGCAUCUUAUGGUCUGGUGCGUCUUAUAGAGCGAAAAAUACAGUGCCUCCAGAGCAGGGCAAGUGCCCCACCAAGCAAGGAGCUGUUUUUAAAGAAAUAAAUAUUUUGAAUGCCAGGAAUACAUGAAGUAGUAGCAGAGAGUCUCUGAACAUGUGAAAAGUACUUUCCCCAUACCACUGAAUUGUCAUUUUGUAGCUACAGAUCUGAGAGCAGGGAUUAUGAACCUAAUAACCUGGGACUGAGUCAAAAGACAUGACGUUGAGGCAGUAUUAAACCCUAGUACCUUGGGGUUAAAUAUCUAAUCCUUUUCUCCCUUGCAAUCCUUUGUGGAAGCAUUAGAAAUAAGCUUGCGCACCACGGAUUAAUAGUAAAGAAGGUACACGUGUGUAUAAAAGGAAUAGUAAUAUAUUUGUUUUGAUUUCCCCCAGAAUACUUGAAGUUUGAUUUCUCACCAUGGCAGAAGAGUGAGUCAUUUUUGUUUAUUAACUGGAGGGGUGGUGGUAUGUGCGUUUUGGAUGUUGAUGAAAGUUGGUGGGCUGUAGGGACAAGUGCACUUUAAAAAGCACUCUUAAGACGUGCCAGGGGGUAAAGGCAGGAUAUAUGAAUCAGAGGCUCAUAUUCAGUCUGACUCACCUGUGCCUUUCUAUCUUUCACAGGGAAGAGAUCACAGUAAGUACUAGCAAAGGAACAUUCUCAAACCUGAUGAAAAAUAAACACUGAUCUUUAUUUUCAGUUAUGAUAUUUUUGUGCUUUCUUGAAAAUCCUUUAUUAAUGCAUAAAGGAAACUUUUAAAAAUGAAAUAUUAGGCAGUUUGCAAAGUCUUUGUGUUACACCAGCACUUAAUUAUUGAAAAGAGAUGUUCAGCGGUUCCGGCAUUCCUGGGAAGUCACCUGCGCUGCCCUGAAAACUUCCCUCCUUAAUUGCUAAUGUGUGUAAGCAUGUUGUGGUCACAUUACACUGGAGAAUAUGCACUCUGCACGUGUUCAGUGGUGCUCUUCUUUAUCAUGAUUCCAUAUGUUCCAGGAAUGAAUCCUGAUGCUAAAAGCAGGGCUGAGUGUGUGCCUUGGCAGAAACCCAGUAUAUAAAUGCAAUAAAUAAAUCCGGAAUCCGAAAAAUGUGAAUGAAUGGUGGCAGAGUUAUGCCACCUCCCUCCGCACCCCCCAGUCCCACAAUAAACCCUCUCUAAAACUCAGACAUCGCUUAAGUACCAUUCCUCCUCCAGCCCUCUUCCGUGUGCUUCCUAUAGAAUUCGUUGAAGGCAGUAUGCCAAUGAACAUAAUGAAAGUAAUGGUUUCUUUAUUCUUGCAGUAUGAAGAAGAGGAGGAGGAAGAAUACACGGAGGAGGAAACACAAGAAACAAUAGUGGAGACCAAAAAGGAGCCACAGCCACCGCCACCCAAGCUGGCCCACCCACCUCCCCCGCCUGCCGCUGUCCCUCCUCUCCGAAGGAAAUCUUCUGCCAACUAUCGAGCCUAUGCGAUUGAGCCGCAUGACAAAGUGAGUUCCUGUGUCCUUUAAAGGCAUAUCCUUCAGGCAUGGCCAAACUUGGCCCUCCAGAUGUUUUGGGACUACAGUUCCCAUCAUCCCUGAUCGCUCAUCCUGUUAGCUAGGGAUGAUGGGAGUUGUAGUCCCAAAACAUCUGGAGGGACAAGUUUGGCCAUGCCUGCUUUAAAGCAAAGCUGGAGGGUAGAACUUAGGGACGCCGAAGGAAUCCGAUUAAGUUCCCAUUUAAAGGCGAAUCUGUCCAAUUCACACUUUCUUGAAACAGUACGCAAACCGAAACGCAGCUGUCUUCUGAAAUUCACAUCCGUCUGAAUUUUGCAGUCCAGUUCUCCAAACAGGCAGUGUUUACAAGUCUGCUGAAUUUUCAUGAGGGAUUUUUAUUAUUAUUAAGGGGGGGGCGGAAUCACCAAUUGCAGCAGAAAUGUGGAGAACUGAAUUUAAGUUUGGACAAAUGAGAAACUCAGAGAACCAAAAUUGACACACCCUUCCAUCCCCAGUAAAACAGCAUGUGGGGCUGAAUUUAUGGGCCUAAAAGCAAGUGUUAAUCCCAUACUUGCUGCUACAUUUUCUGAUCCCUCUCCUUAUAGGCGUAGCUAAGUCUGAUAUUUUGGGAAUGUGGAUUUCUUGUGCAAGACUUUCCAGGUCACCUGUGAUUGGGCAAACCUGAAUUUGCUGGUAUGUGUGAAUGAAUCCCACACAAAAAUAGCAUUAGUCCGGAAGUCUGUAUCUAAUCCAUUAUAAGCAAACAAACAAGCUGCCAUGAGCCAGAGUAGAUAGCAUUUAUUUAUUUAGUAUCAAACCCUUCCUCUGAAUUUGCAUAGGGUCCUCACUUUGGGAUUUGGAUCUCUCAAUUCUGAGGCAUAUAUAAAUCAGGCCUAAAGCAGACCAGUUGGUGCUGUGCAAGUUCCUGCUUCCUUCCUUCCCUAUUGAACUGUCUGCCUUGACAGUGAGAGUGAACUUCAUCUGCCAUGCCUUCUGUAUUUUGUUUUAUUUGUGAGAACAGUUAUUCUUGUAAUUUUAAGAAGCUCGCUUCUCUCACACACAUCUUUUCCUCACACAAGACAUCUUUUCCUUUUGUUCCACCACAGAGAAAAUCCAAGAUAACAGCUUCUCGGAAAUUACAACUCAAGGUAAUGUUGGAAAACUUUCUGUGCAGAGAUUUGAAUGGCCAAGGGAGUCCACACUAAAUCUAGUGUGCUUGCAGCCUCCACUAGUAUCUAAGUGGACAAGAUUUCAGGAGACUGGAAGAGGAAAGGAGGCGCAGUGGACACACAAAGAUGGAUUGGGCCGUGGCAGGUUUGUGUCAUUGGAGAAAAAGCAUGAGACUAGAGAUACUCAAUUAGGCAAUGUGUCCUUCCUUUAUCUCAGGCAUUGAUGCUCCAGGUGGCAAAGCACGAAAUGGAAAAGGAGGAAGAAGAGUGUGCCCAGGAGAAAGAGCGGUACCUCUCUGACCACUGCACCCCUUUAGAACUAGCAGGCCUCGGCCUCACAGAACUGCAGGUAACCAGGGAGGGAGGGAGGAUGGGGCUGGGCCAAGGAUGAAGUCCGGUCAAUGCUAACAGGUGAAGAUAGAUGUGAUAAGAAAAGAGAACUCAGCACGCAUUCCCCAUUUGUGGAGUGAACCGAGUUUCCUUCUGGUUCAGCAGCUGAAAGGACAGGCAUAAAGGUAAAGGGACCCCUGACCAUUAGGUCCAGCCGUGGCCGACUCUGGGGUUGCAACGCUCAUCUCGCUUUAUUGGCUGAGGGAGCCAGCGUGCAGCUUCCGGAUCAUGUGGCCAGCAUGACUAAGCUGCUUCUGGCGAACCAGAACAGUGCAUGGAAACACUGUUUACCUUCCCGCCGGAGUGGUACCUAUUGAUCUACUUGCACUUUGAUGUGCUUUUAAACUGCUAGGUUGGCAGGAGCAGGGGCCGUGCAAUGGAAGCUCACCCUGUCGCGGGGAUUCGAACCGCCGACCUUCUGAUCGGCAAGUCCUAGGCUCUGUGGUUUAACCCACAGCGCCACCCGCGUCCCUCCGAAAGGACAGGCAUAGGCGCCAGAAAAUCAAAUGCCAGCUCAACUGUCAGCCUAAUAGCCUUUCCCCUCCCACCCCAUAUUUUGGGGGGGGGGGUAUUAAAGCGCAAUAUUCAUGUGCUUGCCCAUUCAUCUGUCUCCUGAUUGGCUUUUUUAAAAAAGUAAAAAAUUCUUGGUGACUGAGAUUUCUUUUUCUUGUUCUGAGAUUUCCACAUGUUCAGUGAACACUCUUCUCUAUUGCGUCUGAGCCUCCUUUUGCGCCCGAACCCUGGCUCGGCCUAAUCCUGACCUGGCUGCCUUGGGUGCUCUCCAUUUGUUUUUGGAUUUCAGCUUGUUGGCUGGGGCUGGUGGAAUUUGUACUCUCACAGCAUCUGGAGGGGCUCAAGUUGGCUUAAGCCUCGGUUGCUGUAGUCACACCCUCUUCUUGCCAACUCACAGGAGAUGUGCCGGCAGCUCCAUGAGAAGAUUGGCAAGGUUGAUGAGGAGCGCUAUGACAUGGAGGCCCGAGUCAACAAGAGCAUCAAUGAGGUGGGUUCAAGGCACCUGCAUGCGGGGCUGCAGAGAGCUGCAAUCCCCAGAGCUCCCUGGGGAUCAUAGAAUUGAAGAGUUGGAAGAGACCUGGAGGGUCAUCUAGUCCAGCCCCCUGCAAUGCAGGAAUCCUGUUCAUGGCCAUUCCUGGGUGGUCUUGAACCACCAACCUUCUGGUUAAUAUCCAGGCGCAGUGACCCACUGCACCAACUGAUCGCUUUAACAAUCCGGGAAUUGUAGCUCUGCGAGAAGAAUAGGGGUCUUCCAACAACUCUCAGCACUUUUAACCCACAACAGUUCCCAGGCUUCUUUGGGGGAUGCCAUGACUGUUUAAAGUGCUAAAACACUGCUUUAAAUGUGUGUUGAUGCUGAUUUAAAUGUAUUUUGUAGAAGACGUGACCUAAAAACAAGGCAGGUUCCAAUGUAGCGGGGGGGGGGGGAAUGAAGUACUGAUGGUAGCCACUAGGUGUCAGUGCUGGUCCAGUUAUUAUAUUCACAUGAUAAGUAAGGGCUGAGUUUGGGUCACCCCCCACCACAACUGACCUCCCCUCAGUCCAUUGCUGUAGCCAUUUCCCUCCCUUUCAGCUCAUUUCAAUUUUCCAAGCAGUUAUGCAGACUUUUAUCAGAGGACUGAACAAAUUCGUGGCAGGUAAGUCUUAGCUACCGGUUGCAUACAUCCCCCCUGUAAUCCCAGCUGGGCUGUAACAACCUGAAGCAGCCUUUUAUAGUUGCAGAUGCUCGUGUAUAUUCCUUGCUGGGAAAAUUGGUGAUAGAAUCUGAGAACACCCUGGAACACAGGAAUUUUUAGCACGCACACCCAGCUCCUUGCUGGAGCACACGCUGGCAGCGCGGCAGCGACUCUUCUCUAGUUUUCAAAUGUUGACACUCUUUUGGUCCCUGCUUUCCAGAUCCAGGAUUUGAACCAGAAGAUUUUUGACCUGCGAGGCAAGUUUAAGCGCCCGGCUCUCCGCCGCGUCCGGCUCUCUGCUGACGCCAUGAUGCAGGCCCUUCUAGGCUCCAAGCACAAGGUCUCCAUGGAUCUCCGAGCCAAUCUCAAGCAGGUCAAAAAAGACGACACCGAGAAGGUGAGGAGGCCAGUGGGAUUGGGGUGGGUAGAGGAGGGGGAAGUGCAGGAGAUGGAAGAGGAGAGAGAGUGGUUGUGGGGUCUUUAAAAACCCCAUGCUCUCUAGGCUUACAUGAUGUAGGGAAAUUGAUCCUCUCCCAUUGCUCUUCAGGGUAGUUUGGAUGACGGGGAAACAUGCAACUUUAAUGGCAAGAAACCUGAAGCUUCAGUAUGUGCUUGAAUCUGUCCUGCAAAAAAACUGACGGCCUGGAAGUGCCCAGACCCCAGAGACUCUCCCACGCACUGGGGAUGGCCUCAGCCUCUGUGCUUGGAAAUGCUGCAACUCAGUGGUUGAGCCUGUGCGUUGUAGGCAGAAGUUCCCGGGAUCACGCUCUAGGCAGGUGCCUGGAGAGCGGUACCAGUCUGAUGCACAGGAAGCAGCUUCCUUUGAUCCUAUGAACAGCAACCAGGGGUGGACUUGGGUACUAUGGCACCCUGUGCAAAGCCCAAAUUGGGUGCCCCCUCUCCCGCCCACUGCUUCCUCAUUUGGAAAGCAGGUGUGAGGGCUCUGGCAGGGUCCUAGAGCCCUCCCCCCCAUUGCCCCAAGCUGGGAAAGUGCUAACUAGGCUUUGGGAAGCAGCAGGGAGGACUCUAGGACCCUGCCAGGGCCUCAUGCCUCCUUCCUGAAGGCCAGCACCUCGCCUACUGGGCUUUGCGACCUGCGCCCCCUUGGCUCAGUGCCCAGUGCAUGCAGACUGCUCACACAGCCUUAACUCCACCCCUGCAAGCAACUAGUGGUGGGUGGGUGUGGGUGAGAGAGAGAGGGAGGGAGACAGAGAGGUUUUGGCAGGAAUAGCUUUCUUCACUCCUGCAUGACAGGCAGCUGCACCUUCCAAAAAAUAUUCUUCUAUACAGUUCUUUUUUAAAAAAGGAUUCCUUCCCUCCUUUGUGUCUGAUCGUGCUAAUGAGAGGAGAACAGAGACCAAGACCCUAUGUUGCUGGCUGUUCAGACCUUGCAUGAAUUUUGAAUUAUUUUGUUAAAUAAUGGUUGCUGGGGAGGUUAUUAGGAUUUGACUUCCGCAAACAGGCAAACAGUCUUCUUUGCAGUCUUAGAUGUAUUUACACACACACACAUAUAUAUAUACACGCACACACACACACGCACACACACACACACACACACACACACACACACACACACAUAUAUAUGUAAAUAGGGUGGUGCUGUGGUCUAAACCACUGAGCAUAGGGCUUGCCAAUCGGAAGGUCGGCGGUUCGAAUCCCUGCAACAGGGUGAGCUCCUGUUGCUCGGUCCCAGCUCCUGCCAACCUAGCAGUUCGAAAGCACAUCAAGUACAAGCUAUACUGCCCAGAAUUCUUUGAGGGUGGAAAUGUGCUUUGAAUAUACUUUAAAGGCAUAUCACACACACUCAGCGAGACCCACGUGAUUGUAUCGUGUGCUUUCAGGCCACCAUGGAUAGUUACAGCAGUUGGCAUGGAUGGACAUAAAAUUUCACAAACCUGCAUUGUCUCUGCCAACAGUUCGUCUCUAAUUAUUCUCACCCCCUUGCCAGAUUCCUCCUCCUCCUCCUCUGCAUUUUUCUUUCCUUCCGUUCCUGUCACUGUAGCACGGAGAAUAUUCCAUGCACGCAGUGGUGUGCUUUGAUAAUUUUAGAUUAUGGUGUUACAGGAGGAGGUCCUGGAAGGCGCACCCCUUUACUUCCUUCAAAUAGCGUUAUGGGAGCAUCUUCCGUGGAAGCUAGCCCGCUGCCCCACCAGCCUCCGUUCUGCCUUGGCCCGUCCCCACCUGUCCUGCCUUCUUACUUGAAAUGAACCCAGAGGGUGGCUCGGUUUGCUAGCUUCCUCCUGCUGCUCAUUCUCAGUGCCGCCCUUGUAGAACUCAGCAGGGAGAAGGAGGAGGGACUAGACGUAUUUGGCUCCGCCUGCCAUUGGCUUUGGCUCCACCUAUCACACAUUGGCCCACCUAUUGGAGGAGGAUUGCCUCUCUCCAUCAGCCCCGUUUGUCCUCCUGCAGGAGAAUCGUGAGGUCGGGGACUGGCGGAAGAACAUUGACGCUUUGAGCGGCAUGGAAGGGCGCAAGAAGAAAUUUGAGACCACCGCAGGACAAGCUUGAGCAGUGUGUGAGGUAAGGGAGAUGGUAUGGGAUACACAAACACAUGUGCUAUGCAUUGGGCUACAAUCACAAGGGACAGCAUUGCUGUGGAGGGCUGCAGCCAGAGGAGGGGGGCCUACCCCUCAGGGAUAUUCUGUGGGGCUUCCCCCCCUCAAAGUCCAGCUUUCAUAUUCUUAUUCUUAUUCUUAUUCUUAUUCUUAUUCUUAUUCUUAUUCUUAUUCUUAUUCUUAUUAUUAUUACAGUGGUACCUCGGGUUACAUAUGCUUCAGGUUACAUACGCUUCAGGUUACAGACUCCGCUAACCCAGAAAUAGUUCUUCAGGUUAAGAACUUUGCUUCAGGAUGAGAACAGAAAUUGUGCUCCGGCGGCAGCAGCAGGAGGCCCCAUUAGCUAAAGUGGUGCUUCAGGUUAAGAACAGUUUCAAGUUAAGUACGGACCUCCGGAACGAAUUAAGUACUUAACCUGAGGUACCACUGUAUUGUUAUUAUUAUAAAAAUGUUGGGAAGAGGGGAUAUUCUGUGGGGCUUCCUCCCACAAAGUCCAGCUUUCAUUUUUUAAAAAAAGUUUGGUCUCUAGUGCAUCCGACUUGGGAAGAAGAAAGCAUGCAGGCACUAUUUCAAUGGUUCACUAAGAACUAUAAUACCAUUAAGGCUGCAGUCCUGGGAGUAAGCCUCACUGAACCUCAUUGAAGGAUAUUGACAAGCUGGAACGUGUGCAGAGGCAGGCAGCCAAGAUGACAAAAGGGUCUGGAAACCAGCCUUAUGAGGAAUGGUUGAGGGAGCUGGGGAUGUUUAGCCUGGAAAAGAGGAGACUGAGAGGCGAUAUGAUAGCCACCUUCAAUUAUAUAUAGGGCUGCCACAUGGGAAAAGCUUGUUUUCUCCUGCUCCAGAGGCAAGGACACAAACCAAUGGGUUCAAGUUACGAGAAAAGAGGUUCCGGCUAAACACCAGGACGAAUUUCCUGACAGUAAGAGCUGUUCAGCAGUGGAGCAGACUCCUUUCCAUAGAGGUUUUUUUAAGCUGAGGUCGAGUGGCCAUCUGUCAUGGAUGCUCUAGUUGAGAUUCCUGCAUUGCAGAGGGUUGGACUAGAUGGGGUCCCUUCCAGCUCUACAUUUCUAUGAGUCUGAGACCCCAGUGAGUCUUACUGAUGAGUAAAUCUGAAUAGGCACAUUUAUUUAAUUAUUUAAAGGGUUUAUGUGCUGCCCUUUUCAGGCAUCGCCUUUGUAAGGUGGUGUACAGAAAUGAGAGAAGAUCCAGGCCAUUUGCAUUUGAGCAAUGACCCCGUGACUAAAUAACAGGAAACCCAGAGACUCAGGAAUCAAGUAGCAUAAACACUUUGGGGAUAAAUGAGCCUUUAAGGCUUGCACGGAAGCAACCAUGCGUAGUUCCACAAGACGGGAAUUUCACAAGUGAUGAAUAGCUUUAAACAUACGGGGCUGCCUCCAUUUAGACUCUGGCUGUGCUGCAAUGGUUUCCAGCUCCUUUAGGUUCUCUUGCCACAAAAUGUUGGUAUGUGUUCCACACCUACAGCAAAUGGGUUCUGUCUGUAGGGGAAAAGCAUGAUAUGCAAAAAUAUAUAUAAAAUGGUUCAUUGUAACCAUUGUAAAUCCACACUGUUCAUUCAAGCUCAAAAAACAGUCUUUCUCGCAUAUUCUUCUCUAAUUCCAACUUCUGAAACUUGCAUUUUGUACUUGCCAGCCAGUAGGUAGCUAUCUUCAAAGCAUGAUUACAAUAGGCAAGGCCAAAAAGCAGAGGAGCAAGGAAUCAUGAGCAAUCCCUCCAAGAAAGGGAGUGAGUGCUUCUAGCUGAUCUGUUUAUUCAGCAGUCAGCCUCAUAACUUUGCAGGGAAAUCAGAUGAUGCAUUUAAUGAACAUUCAUUCGGAUUUGUUUGCUGGUAGGUUACAUGAUAUUGCAGCACAGCAAGAGCUAACUCGUAGUUUCCUGUACAUUUUCAUGGCACUUGCCUCAUCUUGGGGGUGGAGGUGGGGGGAGUUGGGUUUGUUCCACAAGAGCUCCCACUCAACUAUGAUUGUGCUGGUUCAAGGAAAAAUGAGAACUCCUGGAUGUCACGAUCCAAGUUUGUGGCAAGUACUCUGGUGAGAGAACCCCAGCUGUGCUUUAAAAUAUGCAGCAAAGUAAAGUGUGGAAGCAGCAAAGUAAAGUGUGGAAAUAUAGGCUGUUAGAGCUUUAAAAUGUUCCCUUUCAAGUGAGUUAAAAAAUGUCGCCUUAAAAAGGUUCUUUCCAAAGCUUCCCUCUUUCCCCAGCAUAGGAAAAGACCACAUGUUUCGUAAGUUUGCAGACUUAACAUAUAGAAUAAGAGAACAAGAAGAACAUAUGUUUAGAGAAGAUUGGAAAACAUUUAUUGAAUAUAAGGUGGGGGGGAAUUGUGUACACUUGAAAACGUUGGCAGCAUUAAGAUAAAUUCAGCAGUGUAAAUAAGUUUUGAUGGAUGCAAUAAUGGAAUACUGAAUGGUUUAGUUUUUGUAAAAUAUGCAGGGAUUUACGAUAUGCAAAAUGAACCAUGGAAAGAGAAGAAGGGAAGUCAUUGAUAUUUUAAGGAUGUUUAAAUGAGUAUUCUAAAUGAGUUUAAAUGAGUACUCUAAAUUGUAAAACAGAAAAUUUAAUUAAAAAAUUAUAAAAUAGACAUGUUUUCUAAGUUAAAUAUACAUAAGUACAAAUUUUUAUUUGUAUGCCACCUUUCCAUAGUUAAAACCGUGCUCAAGGCAGCUUACAACAUGAAAAAAAAAUUACAUAAUUACAAGUUCUCUGAAUUUUGUCUCUCUUCUUUUUCAGAUGGGUGCCGUGUGUUUCCCCCUGAUCUUUAGAUGUUGUUGAUGCCUGCGGUCUUGCAUCUCCGCAAGAAGACUCACACUCCCGACUGCAUUAAUGUUCCCUGUGGUGUGAAUUUCUGUAGCAAAAAGUAGAAAAAUGCACUGUAGAGGCUUGUUCUCCAGCUUGCUUCAUUAUAUAUAUAUUAUAAAAUUUACUUUUGGGAGAAUCAGGACUGUAACAUCCCCCAUAAAAAUGAUCCCUUUUAAACUGUCUGUGCACAUACACCCAGACUGAUAGUAGGGAACAGAUGGGAGGCAAGGAAAUAGCUGAUUUUGUGCAUGUAAUGGUGCAUGCAUUGUUGGUGCUAGUGUGCACAUGUUUUCGCAUAAUUUAAAAGCGAUGUUCAUCAGAGACUGAAGGAGGACCCCACAGCCUCCAGCAAGCUCAGGGGUCUCCUCCUGACUUCCUCUCCACCAAGGAUGAGUGAUCACGAGAAUGGCAGAAGUGUGUUUCUCUUUUGCUGGCCUAGUUAGCAUUUGCAGUUGCUUUGAGAAAGGCCGUGUCUCACCUGAGGCCAUUUGAAAUAAACGGGUUUCACGUCUGUGUUGAAUUCUGGCCAGUGACUGCCUUGCAAGUGAACCAAAAGAGGUAGCAAAGAGAGCCUUUAUUGGCCCUGCCGGUCCAACGUUAACUUGUUUUUUGCAGCAACUCUGAAUGCAAAGAAGGGAGAGUUUUCACCAUGGAGUAGGACAAACUCCACCUGCUAGAACUCCCUCUUCUACACAUCUGUUAAGGGUCCCUAUCCCAGAGAUGGCAAGGAAUAGAGCAGGGCUGGAGACUCUCCAGACCUCUGUAGUUCUCUUCCCAGGCUAUACAACCUUGGUUCUCUUCCCAGGCUAUACAACCUUCCCAGCCACACUGUCUCCCAGUCCUGCUUCUCACCCUCCUUGAGUGCUGGAAUGUGCCUUUGAACUUUGGCUCUGCCCAUCUCUGUGGCCUGUGGCCCCCAGAAGGUUGCCUAUAAGGGCAUGUGGCCCUGGGGAUGAAAUGGGUUCCCCCACCCUAAAGGAACAAUGCCACUCCUCCCAUUCAGAAUCAGUGGCUGAUGGCAGCUCUCAACGCUUACUGAAAGCUCAGGCUGGUAUUCUAGCCUUAUAACUCUCUGCCUUACUUCUUCAUGGGCCACAGAGACCUAUUCUUGCUCCACUGAACUGCCUCUCCAUUUACUUCUCAUUCCAAAUAAUGCCUCGGUCCAGUAUACCUGAAGGAGCAUCUCCACCUCCAUCGUUCUGCCCAGACACUGAAGUCCAGCACCGAGGGCCUUCUGGCGGUUCCCUCGCUGCAAGAAGCCAAGUCACAGGGAACCAGGCAGAGGGCCUUCUUGGUAGUGGCACCCGCCCUGUGGAACACCCUCCCACCAGAUGUCAAAGAGAAAAACAACUACCAGACUUUUAGAAGACAUCUGAAGGCAGCCCUGUUUAGGGAAGCUUUUAAUGUUUAAAUAGGUUAUUGUAUUUUAGUGUUUUGUUGGAAGCCGCCCAGAGUGGCUGGGGGGACCCAGCCAGAUGGGUGGGGUAUAAAUAAUAAAUUAUUAUUAUUAUUAUUAUUAUUAUUAUUAUUAUUAUUAUCAACGGUCUGGGCCUGGUUAGUAAUUUACCUGCUCCCACCAUACGCAACAUUUCUCCGGUGAAAAUAGGGAUGUCCUGUUCAAUAUUAUAUUUAUUUUAUUAUUAUGUAUACUCUCCCCAUCUGACUAAGUUGCCCCAGCCACUCUGAGCGGCUUUCAACAUAUGUAAAAACAUAUUAAAACAAUUAAAAAAUUAAAAAACCCCUUCCCUAUACAGGGCUGCCUUUGGAUAUCUUCUAAAGGUUGUACAGUGGUACCUCGGGUUACAUAUGCUUCAGGUUACAUAUGCUUCAGGUUACAGACUCCGCUAACCCAGAAAUAGUACCUCGGGUUAAGAACUUUGCUUCAGGAUAAGAACAGAAAUCGCGUGGCGGUGGCGCAGCAGCAGCAGCAGGAGGCCCCAUUAGCUAAAGUGGUGCUUCAGGUUAAAAACAGUUUCAGGUUAAGAACGGACCUCCGGAAUGAAUUAAGUACUUAACCCGAGGUACCACUGUAUAGUUAUCCUUGGCUCAGUGGGGUCACAUAACUCCAUACCCGCCAACAUUUCUCUGAUGAAAAUAGGGACGCCCUAAGGAAAAGCACGGUAUUCUGGGAUCAAACCAGGAACAGGGAUGACUUCUGUAAAUCUGGGGCUGCCCCUGGAAAAUAGGGACAUUUGGAGGGUCUGGCUCCCACCACAUGCACUUCCCUAUUCUUUUAAGAUCAGAUUAGGAGGCUCUGCUCUGGGGUUCACCUGCUGAUGAAUAAGGAUUCAUGAGUGUUUCCUGGCAUGGCUUGUUUUGUGGUGGCACCACAGCUAUGGAAUAGCCUCCCCCCAAGAAGCCCACCAGGCGCCGGCCCUGCCUAGUUUUUAAUGGCAUUUCUUAGGCAGUUUGAGAUCAUAUAUAUUUACCACCAAAUACUCAUAUUUUUUUUAUUUAAAAAAAAUGGAAUGCUUUAUUCGUUCAUAGCUCAUCACACUUUGGUCACUGUUACAUUUUGACACAGUUCAGUAUCAGGAUACAGGGAAACGGGUAACAAGGGAAGAAAAUAUCGCAAACCAUUGACAUAAUCAAUGUCCCUUCGCAGUGCCGCAAAGGGCCCGGGCACGUUCUACCGUGAAGCAUUCUUGUUGGAAAAGUACAGUGAAGUGUCAACAUUUCAAAUGCAAAUCGUGGUUAGAAAAGUUUGUUUAAAUAAAUAAAUAAAUAAAUAAUAGCCGGCGCGACCUGAUCCUUUACCUAAACCACUCUACAUUGAAAUAAGCCUGUUUGGUGGUUCUGGCAAGAGGAAGGAACUGCCAUGCCUGUUAAGGAACAUAAAUGAGGAAGCCACUCUAAACCUAUAUCUUUAAUAUCUGGCCAAGCUACCAGUAGCUCCUUACAUUUCUGCUGGGGGAAACAGCCACACACUGCAGGUCCUUGAUAUUUGCACAGGAACCAGCAGCUCCAGAGAGAAUGCAAGAUAAUGCUGAGAAUCAAAUGAUUAGCUGCUGUGCCCUGUCCUGAUCUACAGAGCUCCUGGUGGGCACUGACCUCAUUUCUCCUCUGCUCUGCUCCUUUGCGGGCGUUCCUUAAAAAGGAAGCGGCGGAACAGAGUAAGCAGCAAAGAGCUAUAAGGCACAAGAUUGUCCUGAGCAUGUCUACACUACCACCUUAAAAGCUAACGGUCAUUCCUUCUCCAGAAAGC